AUGGAUAUUCCCACGUCAGAUCAAAUUUCUCAUGACCAAAGGAGCGAUAGGGUUCGAAGGAUUCGGAGGGCUUCUUUCUCUUCUACAGUCACGAGUUCUACGGCUGCCACGUUGACUUCUGAGAUGAUAUUAGAACAGAACAAUUCUGAACCGUACGCAGGUGCAACAUUCGAAGCUGUGCCGAGCUCUAUCGUAUCAUUCCAUCACCCACAUUCCUUUCAAUCAAGCAACUUUCCAAGUCCGCGUUCUUCGGGGAAUCUUGAACAGAGAGGUCGCCGAUUGACUGAAUCAGACCCUUUAGUAUUAUCUUCGGCUGAACAGUCACGAAGUUCAUCUAGAAAUCCCUCUCAUUUUCGAUUUUUUACUCAAGAUCAAAUAUCUAAUGCUGAAGGAGCCUCUACAUUAGAAAAUACAGACUAUGAUACGGUCUGGGAUGCUGCCCCUACCUACGAACAAAAUAUGAUUUAUGGUACUGGCCCAUCGUCUAGACGUUCUUCGAUGCGAAGUUUUUCUAGAGCUUCGUCUCUCUCAAAUGCUAAGUCUUAUAGGUCUUUCAGUAGGAGAGGCCGUUCUGGUUCAAGGGUUCCGCAAAGAUUAGCAGAAAAUGCCGACAAUGGGUACAUUUAUCAUUCUGCUACACAUUCAUCCUCCAGUUUGUCGAGGUAUACAACUAGAGAGAGAAUCCCUAUUGAACUCGAGAAUCAAACGGAUGAAAUAUUAGAAGACAGGUCUUCAACACGUUCCCUAGAAUCUUCAAAUAGUAGACGAUCUUCAAGUGAAAACAACAGAGGGAGCCUUUCUGGUCAUGAUGAUGUUCAUAAUAUGCAUAGCGAGUACUUAAAACCUGAUUACCAUGAAAAAUUUUACCCUCGGUAUACGCCCGACUUACAUUAUCAGAGAUUUUAUAUUACGGAAGAAGAUUUGGUGAUUGGUAUCGCCGCUUACCAAACCUCGAGCUUCUGGCAUAUUAUUUACAAUAUAUGCUGUUUUUUGUCAUUUGGGUUAGUUUACCUUAUGAUGAGAUGGCUUCCUCACCUCCGGGUUCGAUUUUACGGUGUAAAAGUUCCAUUGGGUAAGGCAGAAUGGGUUGUGAUAGAGAAUGAGUUUGGUGAAUUUGCCAUGCAACCAAUUGAUAGACAAUGGUAUAAUAGACCCUUAAGCACAGUUUUACCUCUUGAUAGCAGUGCUAAUCCGUCAUACGAGCUCAAUGAUGUUAGUUUAAGUCACCAUCAUGCUAACGAAAUUAAUCCAAAUGUACCCAUCUUAAUCACAUUUGAAUACAGAUAUAUCAAGUUCAUCUAUUCACCACUUGAUGAUUUAUUCAAGACUAACAACAAUUGGAUAGAUCCCGACUGGGUUGAUUUAAGUAAAUUGUUAAAUGGAUUAACGACGGGGGUGCAAGAGGAUAGGGAGCUUGCUUUCGGUAAAAAUCAAAUUAAUUUGAGGAUGAAGACUACUUCUGAAAUUUUAUUCAAUGAAGUGUUGCAUCCUUUCUAUGUCUUUCAAGUUUUUUCUAUAAUUUUGUGGGGCAUAGAUGAAUAUUAUUAUUAUGCUGCAUGUAUUUUUUUAAUUUCCGUGCUGUCAAUCUUUGAUUCAUUGAAUGAACAAAAGAAAGUAUCAAGAAAUUUGGCUGAAGUGUCACACUUUCAUUGCGAUGUUCGUGUUUUAAGAGAUAAAUUCUGGACGACCAUCAGCUCAUCAGAAUUAGUUCCAGGUGAUAUAUAUGAAGUGUCAGAUCCAAAUAUAACAAUAUUACCUUGUGACUCUGUUCUUUUGUCUAGUGAUUGUAUAGUGAAUGAAUCCAUGUUAACAGGUGAAUCUGUACCUGUUUCAAAAUUUCCAGCUACGCAGGAGACGAUGUACCAACUAUGUGACGACUUCCAGAGCACCCAAAUAUCGAGUUUCGUUUCCAAGUCCUUUUUGUAUAACGGUACAAGUAUAAUUAGAGCAAGAAUAGCUCCAGGGCAAAAUGCUGCUUUAGCGAUGGUUGUAAGAACAGGGUUUUCAACAACAAAGGGCUCUUUGGUUCGUUCCAUGGUUUUUCCAAAACCAACUGGUUUUAAAUUUUAUAAAGAUUCCUUUAAAUAUAUUGGAUUCAUGUCGUUAAUCGCAAUUUUCGGUUUUUGCAUAAGUUGCGUUCAGUUUGUUAAACUUGGUCUGGACAAAAAAACGAUGAUAUUAAGGGCUUUAGAUAUCAUAACAAUCGUAGUUCCACCAGCUCUUCCCGCCACGCUAACCAUCGGUACGAAUUUUGCUUUGAGUAGAUUAAAGGAGAAAGGAAUAUACUGUAUUUCUCCGACAAGGCUUAACAUUAGUGGUAAAAUUGAUGUUAUGUGUUUUGAUAAAACCGGAACACUUACAGAAGAUGGGCUUGAUGUACUUGGGGUUCAGCUAUCACAGCCAACUGGAGCUAAAGGGCAAAAGUUCGGAGAAUUGUUGAGCGAUAUUCGUCAAGUAUUUCCCAAAUUUUCUUUAAACGAUUGUAGCUCUCCACUAGAUUUUAAAUCCAGAAACUUUUUCAUGUCAUUAUUAACAUGCCAUUCCUUGAGAUCAGUGGAUGGUGAUCUUCUUGGAGAUCCAUUAGAUUUUAAGAUGUUUCAAUUUACUGGUUGGUCCUUUGAGGAGGAUUUUCAAAAACAAACAUUCCAUUCAUUAUAUGAGGAAAGACACGAAGGUGAUGUUUUUCCGGAAAAUUCAGAUAUAAUUCCUGCGGUAGUUCAUCCUGAUGGCAAUAAUCCAGAAAAUACGUUCACUGACAAUGAUCCUCAUAAUUUUUUAGGGGUUGUGAGAAGCUUCGAGUUUUUAUCGGAGUUGAGACGUAUGAGCGUGAUUGUUAAAACUAAUAAUGAGGACCUAUAUUGGUCAUUUACUAAAGGAGCGCCUGAAGUUGUUUCGGAAAUAUGUAAUAAAUCGACUUUACCAGCAGAUUUUGAAGAAGUUCUGCGUCACUACACUCAUAAUGGAUAUAGAGUUAUUGCAUGUGCUGGGAAGAUCUUACCAAAAAGAACCUGGUUGUAUUCCCAGAAAGUUUCUAGGGAACAGGUUGAGUCCAAUUUGGAAUUCCUAGGUUUCAUUAUUUUCCAGAAUAAAUUAAAGAAAGAAACUUCGAAAACCUUGGAAAGUUUGCAAGAUGCGAAUAUCAGAACAAUAAUGUGUACAGGUGAUAACAUACUUACUGCCAUUUCAGUAGGUAGGGAAGCUGGAUUAAUACAAUGUUCCCGCGUUUAUAUUCCAUCCAUUAAUGAUGCCCCUUUACCUGGUGAAACCGUCAUAGUAUGGAGAGAUGUCAAUGAGCCCGAUAACAUUUUGGAUACCAAAACUUUGAAGCCUGUAAAAGUGGGAAAUAGUAGCUGUGUGCGUUCGUGUGAAAGUGAUUAUACUCUUGCAGUUAGUGGUGAUGUUUUUAGGCUGCUAUUCAGAGAUGAAAAUGAGAUACCCGAAGAGUAUUUGGACGAAAUUUUACUAAAAUCAUCAAUUUACGCAAGAAUGUCACCUGAUGAAAAGCAUGAAUUAAUGAUGCAACUUCAGAAAUUGGAUUACACAGUUGGGUUCUGUGGUGACGGUGCAAAUGAUUGUGGGGCCCUGAAAGCGGCAGAUGUAGGUAUUUCCCUUUCAGAGGCGGAAGCUUCCGUUGCCGCUCCGUUCACUUCUAAAGUAUUCAAUAUUAGCUGUGUACCUGAUGUUAUUAGAGAAGGACGUGCUGCACUAGUCACAUCCUUUGCGUGUUUUCAGUACAUGAGUCUGUACUCAGCCAUCCAAUUUAUCACUAUUACUAUACUAUACAGUCGUGGUUCUAAUUUGGGUGAUUUCCAGUUCUUGUACAUUGAUUUACUACUGAUAGUUCCGAUUGCAAUUUGCAUGUCAUGGUCCAAGUCUUAUGAAAAAAUAGCGAGAAAAAGACCUUCAGCUAACUUAGUGUCACCUAAGAUUCUGGUUCCUCUUUUGAUCAGUGUAUUUUUGGUAUUCUUAUUUCAAGUAAUUCCAUGGUUAAUUGUACAAAAGAUGAGUUGGUACAUCAAACCCGUUGUUGGGGGCGAUGACACCGUGCAAUCAUCAGAUAAUACCGUUUUGUUUUUCGUCUCAAAUUUUCAAUACAUUUUGACAGCCAUAGUCUUAUCUGUUGGACCACCAUAUAGAGAACCGAUGUCAAAAAAUUUUGAGUUUAUCGUGGAUAUUAUUGCCUCUAUUUGUGUGAGUGUACUAUUGAUGACUUUAAAUCCAGAAUCAUACCUGGGCAAAAAGUUACAGCUGACUCCUAUAUCGAACAAUUUCACAGUAUUUAUCAUCGUAUGGGUACUACUAAAUUACUAUGCUCAACUGUACAUUCCACCUUCGAUAAAAGGUUGGUUAAAAAAAAGGAAGAGUAGCAAAAAGUACAAACUAUUGAUACAAGGAGAAGAUAAAUCAGCAGAUGUUUAA